AUGCGCGCCUUGGCCAGCUCGGGGCCCAAUGCGUCCCGGUGGGCGCCGGCCGACGCCUCGGGCUGUCCGGGCUGCGGCGCCAACGCCUCGGACGGCCCGGCCCCCGCGGUGUGGUCCUUGGACGCCUGGCUCGUGCCGCUCUUUUUUGGCGCCCUAAUGCUGCUCGGCCUGACCGGGAACUCGCUGGUCAUCUUCGUCAUCUGCCGCCACAAGCAGAUGCGCACAGUGACCAACUUCUACAUCGCCAACCUGGCGGCCACUGACGUGACCUUCCUGCUGUGCUGUGUGCCCUUCACCGCCCUACUCUACCCGCUGCCUGCCUGGGUGCUGGGUGACUUCAUGUGCAAGUUUGUCAACUACAUUCAGCAGGUCUCCGUGCAGGCUACGUGCGCCACCCUGACCGCCAUGAGCGUGGACCGCUGGUACGUCACGGUGUUCCCGCUGCGCGCCCUGCACCGCCGCACGCCCCGCCUGGCGCUGUCCGUCAGCCUGGGCAUCUGGGUGGGCUCCGCGGCCGUGUCGGCGCCGGUGCUCGCCCUGCACCGCCUCUCGCCGGGGCCGCGCACCUACUGCAGCGAGGCCUUCCCCAGCCGCGCCCUGGAGCGCGCCUUUGCGCUCUACAACCUGCUGGCGCUCUACCUGCUGCCGCUGGCCGCCACCUGCGCCUGCUAUGGGGCCAUGCUCCGCCACCUGGGCCGCGCCGCCCUGAGCCCGGCGCCCGCCGACAGCUCCCGGCAGGGGCAGAUGCUGGCGGAGCGGGCGGACGUUGUGCGGGCCAGGGUGUCCAGGCUGGUGGCGGCCGUGGUGCUGCUCUUCGCGGUCUGCUGGGGCCCCAUCCAGCUGUUCCUGGUGCUGCAGGCGCUGGGCCCGUCGGGCUCCUGGCACCCCCGCAGCUACGCGGCCUACGCGCUCAAGAUCUGGGCGCACUGCAUGUCCUACAGCAACUCCGCGCUCAACCCGCUGCUCUACGCCUUCCUGGGCGCGCACUUCCGGCGGGCCCUGCGCCGCGUCUGCGCCUGCGCUGCCCGUGCCCCCAGCGGCCCCCGCGCCCCCCGCGCCCCGGGUCCCGGACCUCCCCGCCCCGCCUCCCGCCGCCACCGCAGGGCGACGACGAAGCCGGGAGACGGCGGGCCAGGGCUGUGCGUCCUGAGGGAACACGCUGCCCCUCUCUGAGCCGACUCUGGUGGAACCGAGGUGGGCCUCCCUCUGGAAUGGGUGUUGCUUGAACAGCAGUUGCCAUGAUUCCGUUAUUAAUACCUUUGUUUUCGUCCAAGAGCAUCUUAGUAAAAAUGUUGUGUCCUCCUGUAAGGUUUGUUACAAACUGGCUGUGAUGUUUGCAGUUGUUGGUAUUGUGAUUAUUAUUUCUUUAUGUCCUGAAAUUGAAGAUACUUUGAUGCCGGCACCCAACGUCUGGAACUUUCCAGGAAGCACCGAUAGACGUUUUCACUCCGUAUACUGUAUGAUCGCAAGAUUCAUCUCAUUGUCAGCGGUAUUAAAAUUCGAACACUCCCUGUCCAGGUAGCUGAGUUGGUUACAGCGAUCGCCCUAAUACGUGCAGAUAGUGAUUUCAAUCCCUGGUCAGGGCACAUACAAGAAUCAACCAACGGCCGAAACCGGUUUGGCUCAGUG